CAGCGACACUGGAAGCACAUGAAUACCGUGACGCUAUACAGGGGGCCCCGGGUCAAACAUUCAUAGCUCAUGCGCGCGUUGUUGACAUUUUGGAGGACUUUUUCCCUCACACGUAUCCUUUUUCCGCUUCUCUGUCUGUUCUCGCCAUCGAUUGACUCCCUUACACUAUCAAUUAAACUGCCCGACGCCGGGGUUCACCUCGGCCACACCCGGAUUUUCUUUUAGGUCUUGCAGCCACCAAGUGGUGUGUCCUUGGUACACGCUCACACCUUCCUCUGCGCAGACU